AUGAGCAGCAGCGCAGGCAGUGACAUCCCAGGUUGUCUCACACCAGCAGUGCCGGCCAUCAGGGAGAAGAAGCUCAUCGCAAGGAAGGUUCUGGGGACAGUUAAAUGGUUCAAUGUCAAGAAGGGUUACGGAUUCAUCAACAGAAACGACACCAAAGAAGACAUAUUCAUCCACCAGUCUGCCAUAAAGAUAAAUAACCCCAAGAAGUACCUUCGCAGGGUAGGAGACGGAGAGUCUGUGGAGUUUGAUAUUGUUGAAGGAGAAAAGGGUGCAAUGGCAUCAAAUGUUACAGGCCCUGGAGGAAUUAAAGUUCGAGGUAGUAAGUAUGCAUCAGAGCAUAACCAAUAUAGAAGCUAUCGUGGUCGCAGGGGUCCUCCACGCAAUUCCCAGAAAAAUUACCAGAAUAAGGAGAGUGGGGGAAGGAAUGAGCAAUCAGAAUGCACUCAUGAAGGCCAAGCUCAACAAGACCCACAAAGACAAAUGAUGGAGGAUGCUGGCUACCAAGCUACAAAAGGGCGAGGUGUACGAGUGAGACCGCAUAUGUAUCGCAAUUACAGACCACAGUUCUGCAGGGGCCCUCCUCGCCAAAGACAGCCCAGAGAGGACAGCAAUGAGCACUAUGAGGAAAAUCAAGGAGAGGAGACCCAAGGUCAGCAGCCACCUCGACGUCAUAAUCACUGCAACUUCAAUCACCAACCAAAGACGCCCAAAAAAUUCAAAGCCACAGAGUGGGAAAGAGAUACCAAAGGCAUCGGAUCCAGCGGAUAA